AUGUUGUCCACCUUUUUCGUGAGUUCCAAAUCUGUUCACCACACCCAAGCUAGUGGUAGAUGCAUCAGCCAGACUUUUGUCGUAGCAUCCAUCGGCGUUGCCUUUGCCGCUACUGGUCCCGCAGCACGCGUGACAAGCGCGAUCCCGGGCAUCACAGGGUUGCUACCGGAGGUUCGACCAGUGUCACGGUCUUUGGUACCAAUUCUUCUCCUUUCCGUGUUCGAACUGGGACUCAUGACGCUCACGCUCAUACGCGCCAUACAGAGCUGGCGGAUAAAUCCAAGCCGUCUGUACGUUGUCCUGGUGAACCAUAACAUAUUCUAUUAUGCAUGUGGUCUUCUAUUCUCAAUAACGAAUAUCUUCACAUUGCUGCUCCUCCAGUAUGCCUACCACACCCUGUUUUAUGAUUUCCAGUUCGUGAUGCUCGCAAUCCUCGCCACGCGCAUGCACCUCCAUCUCUGGCAGAUGAACCAACAUGCACACCGCUCUGGCGCCUUUGUGCGUAUUCCAAUGUCCGAUAUAUCAUCUGCAAAUCCCACGGCGUGA